AUACAUAGAGCAGCAUGCUGGAGAUUACUGAGCUGCACAUAGCCAGGGGUGAGGCGAGAGGAAGGAGGAUGAAGGCAGAGAGGAUCUUAUUUGCGUUGCUCCUGUUCCAGCUAUUGUCCACCCCUGAAGCCCUAAUGCCUAACAGUGACCCCGGUGCCCGGCCCUACCUCCCCGAGAACUCGCGUUUCGCCAUGUUGGACGACGUGAGGAUCCUGGCCAAUGGCCUUCUCCAGCUUGGCCACGGCCUGAAGGACUUUGUCCAGAAAACCAAGAACCAAAUCAACCAAAUCUUCGAGAAGAUCAACAUCUUCGACCGCUCCUUCUUCGAGCUCUCCCAGCAGACCCAGGCCAUCCAGAGCGACGAGGAGGAGCUGAAGAAGACCACGGUGUUCCUACGGGGCACCAACGAGGAGCUGAAGACCAUCUCCCAGGAUAUCAAAGCCAAACUGGACAGCAUCCUAGAGAACAGGACCGUUCUGGAGACCAAGGUGGAGGGGCUGGAGGAGAAGCUGGACAAGCUGAGCCAGACCAAGCAGGAGCUCGCAGAGCUAAAGGAGAUCGCUGGGCUAAAGGUCCUUGUUGAAGAACAGGAUAAAAACCUAAAAAGUCUGAUCAACAUCAUCCGGGAGCAGGAACAUCAGCUGGAGCAACAGAGAACGCAGAUACACAGACUGGAACACAAGCUAGAUACCACCAUCGACCAGGGGAGCCUGAAUGACCCUGAGCAUCAAUCACAGCCCCCAUACCCCCAGCACUUCCACCAGCUUCCAGGAGACAGCACAGCCCUAUUGGCAGAUUACACCGGCGUACCAAGUAACUGUGAUGAGAUCUACAGCAAUGGCAAGAACGGGAGCGGAGUGACUCUGGUGAAACCCAACGGAUAUGGAGCGUCCUAUGUGUACUGUCACAUCACAGCAGAGGGUGGAUGGACAGUCAUCCAGCAGCGUAUUGACGGCUCGGUGGAUUUUGACCAGCCUUGGGAAAACUAUGAGCGAGGAUUUGGUGCCCUGGAAGGCGAGUUCUGGCUGGGGCUGGAGACGGUUCAUCGCCUGACACAGGCAGGAGGUCACACACUGCGGGUGGAGGUGGAGGUUGUAAAAAACGAGAGCCGCUUUGUCGAGUACGCGUUCAGCCUCGGGGGCAAAGAAACCGGCUAUGCGCUGCGCCUUUCCGGCCUUCUCCGGGGAAACCUGACGGAUGCCAUGAGGGAGCAAGCUGGCAGCCGCUUCUCCACCAGGGAUAGAGACAACGACUUGCUGGACGACAUUAACUGCGCAGAGGAUUAUUCAGGAGGCUGGUGGUUCAGUAACUGUGGAGACGCCAACCUGAACGGCAGAUACAGCAAAACCAGGUUAAAGGGGAAAGUGGAACGGAGGAAAGGCUUGUUCUGGAGCAACUGGAAGGGACGGUUCCACGUUGUGAAGUCAACGAGAAUGAUGGUGCGAGCAGCUGGCACAGGCAGCCUGGCUGAAGCGGAGGAAUCGGAGUAGUGCCAGCCACCAGACUGCGCAGACACGCGCAUCUUCCACCCAUGUUGCACUCGGCCAACAGAGAUCACAACAGUUUAUCACAAGCAGCACGUCAGCUGCAGAUAAACGUCCUCGACCGCCUUCAACAAUGUCCCCCAGUAACUAGUUCAACUCAGAGAAAUGGCAGCACAGGAUGAAACCAUCAGAUCAUCUUGUCCAUGUGCUCGCUCCGCCCCCACUGGAGCUCUCCAUUCUAACCCCAUUCCCUGCUCUCUCUCUCCCUACCGUGUCUGUGCUGGUGCUCGAUCCCCCACUGAAGCGCUCUACUCUAAUCCCAUUCCCUGCUCUUCCCUACUACAAUAUUUCUCGUCGUACAAAAUCCAAUCCCCAGUAUUAUAAUCAGCGUAGGAAGGGAAGCAGCCAAUGUGAAUGUAAAACAUCUCUUUGGUGCUGCACCGACCAUUAACACAGCACAGGUGAGGUUAAAGUAAUUAUAUAUUUUGCAUUUAUAUAAUAAUCCUUACAUUUGAUACAGCGCAUUAUCACAUCAUUGAGGCGUCUCAAAGCGCUUCCCAGAGUAUAUUGUAAAGUGGAUUGUCUGUGUAUUUGUGGGCAAAACGCAGCAGCCAAUUGUGCACAGCAGUGUCCAACAAACAAUUGUUGAUUGAGUGACCAAAUUAUUAUUUUUUUAAAUAAAAUUUAUUUAGGAUGAAUGAAGGAUUUACCUCCAUUAUUCCAUAUACCAAAUAUAAAAUGACUUUUCCCCAA